AUGCUAAUGGGCUACGAAUGGGUGUCUUAUUCUGGCAAGCGCAAAGGCCUCCGUGUAACUCAUCAACCUGCUGGUGCUCAACGGUCGACAUACUUCCUCCAGCUACCCUAUCGUUUCGGUAUACCUCUCAUGGUGCUGAGUGGCACAUUACACUGGCUGGUUUCGCAAAGCAUCUUCCUGAUCGCCAUCGACUUUUACGACCCAUUUGGGAAACCGGGCACUGGGUCUGAUGCAUCGAACAUGCCAUUCGAUUACAAGACUCUGGGCUACUCGCCGCCGGCAAUCAUAUCAGUGAUAGUGUUGGGUGGACUAAUGGUCAUCAGCAUAGUUGCUUUCGGGUACACACCAUACAAGCGUGGAAUGCCAAUUGUGGGCAGCUGCAGUAUGGCCAUCAGCGCAGCUUGUCAUCCGACAGAACAGGUUGGCAGUGGUGAGAACAUUGCCGAGAAGAAACUGCAGUGGGGCGUUGUCAGUACUGGUGCUGAUGGACUGGGUCAUUGCGCUUUCUCGGCAGAAGAUGUGGGAGCAGUCGUUGAAGGCAAGAUGUACGUCCAAAUCAGUAGCCAACCUCUCAGGGACCUCUGGAAGAACAAGCAAGACUGUCCACAGGAUCAAGAACCUGUCGGACUACCCUUCCACCAAUCUAUCGAAGACCUCGAAAACGCCGCUGCCGAUGGCUGCGCAAUUUGCAAGACCGUACAGCGCGAUGUCGCGCAGUUUCAGUCCGACUUCAGUGGGGCGAAGAAGGAACCUGGGAUUCGUGCCGAGCGUGGCGGAGGACCGGAUUGGAAGAUGUGUCUGGUUAGGGACGGCGAUCCGUUGGCCGCUGUCGUUCGAGGUCGCAAGACACUCUCCUCAUCGCCGCAUACACUUGCACAUGCCCUGAACUGGGUACGCGAUUGCGACAAACAACGGACGGAUCGGCGCUGUCAUGUCGAUGCGGCACCUCUUCCAUCUCGUGUCUUGGAUAUACGAGACUCGACGCCGCACAAAGUAGCUCUUUAUGAGCCCAUCGAAGGAGAACUGGGACGAUAUGCAGCACUGAGUUAUGUCUGGGGCGAGUCAAGCCCGUUCGCAACCACACGUGCCAAUAUCGAAGCCAACAAGAGGGGUAUCGAUACCGACCAGCUCCCAAAGACGUUUCAGGACGCCAUCCUCAUAGCCAGAGAAAUGGGAAUCGGCUAUCUAUGGAUCGACUCCCUCUGUAUCUGUCAAGACGACUCAGAAGACUGGUCGCGCGAAACAUCGCGCAUGGCCUCUGUCUACUCAAACGCCUACAUCAUGCUCUCCGCAACCGGUUCUCCCUCCUCUACAUCCGGUCUCUCCAUUUUCUCUCCCAGCCGCCCAGUACCCAACUACUCCCCAUUCGAAUACACGACCACAGACGGUAUCAAAGGAAUCCUCCACGCCUUCUCCUCCUCCCGCGAAACAGCCGCAAAGCCCUCCUGGGCCGGAAACAACGCACUGCUAAAGACCGAACCACUCAGCCAACGCGGCUGGGCGUUGCAAGAACGCUGGCUCGCACCGCGUGUGCUACAUUUCGGCACGGAGCAGAUAUUCUUCGAGUGCUACUGUUCUUUCCUGAGCGAGCACGGUUUCUACCUACCAGGGCGAUCCUCGACGCCUACUCCCGCCGUUCUCUAA